AUGGCCUCUCCACCCAAAAAGAUGAUUGAGGAUGAGGCCGAAUUCUUGGAAGAUGUUGCUGCUUUUCAUGAGAAACGAGGGACUUCCUUCGAUCGCGAGGGCAAGGUCAGCGGCCGCGCCAUUUCUCUGCACAAGCUGUACAGCUUGGUUAUGGAGCGCGGUGGCUACGAUGCCUUGUCUGCUGAACGCAUGCAAUGGAGAACCCUCGUCAAAGAGUUUGGCUUUGGGAAAACACACGAAGCAGUCAUGACAUUUCAACUCAAAACCGUUUAUUACAAGAACCUGGCCGCAUACGAAAUCGAGACUUACUGGGGUGAAGUUCCUCCUCCCAAGGAAAUCCUCGAAAACAUCAGUGCCAAGGGCGGCGACUUGCGCUCACGAACUCUCGAGUCCUUUCCACUCCCCGCUGGUACACCUGCACGCGUCCACGCCAGCGAGACAGUCGAUGUAGAACCCCAGGAAUCGGCCGAUGAGGAAAAACUGGCCACUCCAAAACGUGAGAAGACGGAACCCGAAGACUUGGGAAGUGCUGGCCAACUCAGACAAGAUCCUAAGCGUACCCAAAUGUAUCAACCAGACACUCUCCCCGCCAGGGCUCGGAACCUGCGCGCCACGGAUUCUCCCUCUACGCCCACCGCACCUCAACAGCCUCAAGCCCAACCUAGUAGGGGUUUGGAAGAUCCUAGGCAUCCUGGCUUUGACUGGUACGAAAAUUACAAACCCAAAACCUCAAUCGCAUUAACACUGCGACCUCAUCUCACACCGGGCAACAAUCCGACCGAAUUUCAUUCUCGCAAAGCCCUACUCAAAGCCCAGACUCAACCACGCGCCCCCGAGAACCAGCAACAACACCUGCGCCCUUUCCUGCAGAAUCAGAUGAAUGGCCCAAACAUAUAUCAGAGAUGUUUGCUGGGGUUGCGCUCUGGAAUCGAAGACGAACAGACGUUUGCCCUCCACCAUUUGGUCAAAGUCUCACAUGAGCGUGGGGAUAAAUACAAAUUCGAAGGUUUCAUAUUGCUUGCUGAAGCUCUUUUGGAAAAGGCCCUGGAAAUCACCAAGCUAGUUUAUGGCGUCAAAUGGGACAUUACGUACAACGAAGAGGAUGAGAAUGCCGCUCUAAAUACCUUGAAUGGCGCUUUUGGGACAUCCAACCUCAUGGAACGAAUCCGGUCCUUCAAACCACUUGUCGACGACGAGCUGCUCGAGACCAAUGAUUCGAUAGAACAAUUGGAGAGACUAAAAGAGGCUGCAUUAGUCUUGCGCAAUAUGGUCAUUCUCGAGGAAAAUGCACUCUUCAUCUCCAAGAUGCCCUUAUUCAAGGACUUCCUGGCCAUUGCUAUCUCGCUUCCAGACCAACCAAGACUGGCAGAAUUCCGACAUUCGGCGCUCGAGGUAGCCCAGUACGUGACACAGCACUGGCCUAUACUGCCUACUGACCCACUCUAUCAAUCUCUAAUCCCACACCUCGAAUCUAGUGAUCGAGGGAUACUUCUUCUCGCCUUGAGGUCUAUCAACAGAAUGGGCAUGGCAACCCACGAUUUCCAUCGGUUGUAUGACAUCCCACUCUCGACAAUCGAACGCCUCUUUUCACUCCUCACUCUCGACACCGAUGUCGAGCUACUCGGUACUACCUUGACUUUUCUUUAUGAAUUCACAGCCACACCGGAAAACAACAGCGAAUUGCUCUCUUCUCGCCCCCAUCUUAUCCCUUCCAUGAUUCCACGUUUGAUCAACUUACUGUCACAUCAAGCCUCGGUCACCACGGAAAACGUUUUGGCCGCACCUCAACCUGAGAAAAUGCCUAUUCCUGCACUGAUACCCGUAAUUCCUCCAGAUCUACUUGCUCAGCUAUUGUUGUUGCCAGAGCCCGAGCGUUCCUCGAAAUGGCUUCGAUGUUGUUUUGAGGAAUCACCUGCUGAUGAUAUCACUCAAAUUGCUAUCUGGCAGGCAUACCAGCAGAGGUUCUCAGCAAGCAAUCCGAUUCCCGCUGCAGAGUUCAUUAAGAAUGUGUCUAGCACUUUCAGCACGGCGCAGGCCCAAGUCAUCAAUGGUCCAACACCCCGAUUUAUCAUCAAGGGUAUUAAGCCCAGGAGGGUGUUGGUUGAUACAGAGAAGAGGCUCCGUUACUUCAAAUGUCUGUGGAAAUUCGGUCAUUUAGAUGCGACACAUCCUGCCGCUCGGAACACCGCUAAGAGUGAUGUGUGUGGACAAUGGUGCUCGAGUCGUGAGAGUCUUUGGUUACACGUAUUGGGUGAGCACUUGCACUUGCCACGAGGCGAGAAUGGCGGAUAUGUCACCAAUGCGCCGGGCUCCUGGACUUGCCGUUGGGACCGUUGUGGCAGAGAUCGCCCCUUGACCAAAGCUAUUGAGAUGAGUUCACAUAUCCGUGUCCACAUUCCAAAGUCGCCAGAAGAUGUGGCUGAGAUUGUUCACGAAAUGGACAAUGUGGGAAAGAAGCCCGAGCGCAUCGGCGCAAAACACGCAUAUCAGUACACCUUGAUGGAUCAGACCAAUCAGCCUACUGGCCCUCCUUGGAUGAGUGUUCUGAUACUCCGGAAUCUAGCACGGUAUGCAAACAAGCCUGAUGGGAAGCAGUUCGAAAAGAACGGGAUUCGCCUUGCUGAUCAGCUCUUCGGAGGCCACAAAUAUGCACUUUUCAACAUUGUGGGUGUUAGCCGUACACUCCGCGAGUCUGUCGUGGAUCUCAUCUACAUGAUCGAAGAAGGUGAACGAGCGGAGAAAAGAGGCGUCAAGAGGGAUCAUGAAUCAGAUGACAGAGAGGCGGCGGCGUAUUGA